AUGCUUAGCGCUGUCAAUAGGAUUGCGUGGGUCCCUGUGCAGGCUGUUUGGAUGUCACGUGGGCCAAGGCGCUACACGUUGCUAAGCGAAUUCGCAUCGCAACUUUCGAACAACGCUGGGUCGCUCAACCACAACAUGGGUGCCCUCAAGUAUGUCGAGGAACUUCAAAAGAAGAAGCAGUCAGACAUGAUGCGCUUCUUGAUGCGCGUUCGCUGCUGGGAGCUUCGCCAACUUAAGGUCAUCCACCGUGCCAGCCGCCCCUCGCGUCCCGACAAGGCCCGCCGUCUCGGAUACAAGGCCAAGCAGGGUUACGUUAUCUACCGCAUCCGCGUUCGCCGUGGAGGUCGCAAGAGGCCCGCGCCCAAGGGUGCCACUUAUGGCAAGCCCACCAACCAAGGUAUCAACCAGCUGAAGUACCAGCGCUCGCUCAAGUCCACCGCUGAGGAGCGUAUCGGCCGCCGUUGCGCCAACCUCCGCGUGCUCAACUCGUACUGGAUCAACCAGGACUCGACGUACAAGUAUUACGAAGUCAUUCUCGUCGAUCCCCAGCACAAGGCCAUUCGCCGUGAUCCCCGCAUCAACUGGAUCGUCAAGCCCGUCCACAAGCACCGCGAGAGCCGUGGUCUUACCGCCACCGGCAAGAAGAGCCGUGGUCUUGGACGUGGUCACAAGUACAACAACACGACUGCAGGAAGGAGAAAGACAUGGAAGAGGCACAACACCCUCUCCCUCUGGCGCUACCGCUAG